AUGGAGGAUCGAUUGAUUUAAUUACAAGAAGUAAGAGCAUUUUAAUCUAGUUUUCGGGCAUAAAAGAUCAAAUUUAAUUGGACACUUCUUAUUCCUCUUAGGAUGAUAAUUUUAUGCCUUAAUUUUCUUCAAACGUAAAAAAGGCACAAUAGUGUUUAGAUAUUAUAAAAAAUAAUAACCUAAGAAUAAGGGAAAUGAUGAGCAAAUAUUCCAUGGCUACUACAAGUUCUGUCGAGAAGGGUAUUAAAAAAUUUAAAUCCUUUAGGUUUAUCGAGAGAAUUAGAGUAGAUUAUCACGCAAAAUUAACAAAUUAGUAAGUAACUAAAAGAAGCAAUGAAGGAUAUCAAAGAAGAGGUUGAAAGAAGUCAAAGAGAGAAAAGUUAAGAGGAUCAAACUGAAACCAGAAUAAAAAUUCAACAGGAAAAUGCAUUAUCUAGUGCAGUUUAUGAAGUUUUACAGGCUUCCUCACAGGUUUCUUGCUAAUAUUAGAAUGGAGUGAGAGAGAAAAUCAAAAGGUAAGCCAGGAUCUUAGAUGAAAAUGCCACCGAAUAGUUUUUAGAUGAAAUAUGCAAUGAUCCAUAAGUAUCUUAACUUUAUCCAAUAUCAAAUUAGAAAGCAACAUAAUUAUUGCAAGGGAAACUCUAUGGAGAAGCUCCUUCAGUUCGUCUGACUAAUGCUGUUUCUGAUAUAUAAGAGAAAUAUAAAGACAUUCAAUAGUUGGAAAAAGUAAGUUGUUUAAUUAUUUUUUAGUCGGUGUAAUUGGUAAGAUAACUAUGGUAAGAUUUAGCAAUCUUAGUGGAAACUUAAGGUUAAUCAACCAAUAAUAUCGAAAUAAGUCUUACUUCAGCCAAAUCUUAUAUUAAUAGAGCCAAAGAUGAACUUUCAAAUGCAGAGGGUGAUCAUUAAUCAGCUAAAAAGGUAUUAAUACAUGCUAUUCUAUCAAGAAAGUCUGUUGUAUUAUUCUAAUAGGUGUUGUAAUUUUGGCUGCAAUCAUUGGACCUAUAGUUGCGACGGCAUGA